CCCGCGCUGCCCGCGCUGCCCCUGACCGCGCUCUCUGCUCUCCCCGCAGUUCUCCUCAAGGAUGCGAAGCUGAUGGACGUGAAGCUGGGCCAGCUGCCCACCUGGCUGGCCAUGAGGGACUUCACCCCCGGCGGCAUUAUGAGGAGGGGUUAUGACAGAUACUACAACAAAUACAUCAACGUGAGGAAGGGAGGCCUGGGGGGGAUCUCCAUGGUACUGGCUGGGUAUGUGGUUAUCAGCUACAUCUGGAGCUACAGCCACCUGAAGCACGAACGGCACAGGAAGUACCACUGA